GAGAGAGAGAGAGAGAGAGAGAUGAUUUACUGGUUUUGGGAAGUGUCUAUGAUGAAUAUAAAUAUUAUAAUUUAUUGGAAUAUCAUUCGGUGACAAAUGGAUUCUCACCAAUUUCGCCAGAGGGCCUUUUAUUGGUCGUGUGCGUUGUGUGGUCUAUUUUUAGUUACCAAUUUUAAAAUAUCUAGACCGAAAACGAGAACGAAAAAAAGAAAAAACUAGAAAUUUUCACUGCCACUCCCACCUUCCCUUUGCAUUUGCUUAUCUGCGACUUCCUCUUCUAUGAAAAUGGAGUAUUGUUCUUGUUGCAGCGCAAAACUGAACUCCAUUGUUCUAAACCCUCAGGGUUCUUUGUCGUCUGCUGAUAGACGAUCUACUAAGAAGACUUUAUAUCCUCACCAGCUGUCUUUUCGACCCUCUAAACAAUUUCUUCAACUUGAUGACAGACCGCAGCCUUUUGGUCAUCAACAAAACUCAUCUUUUUUUUCUUCUAGAACACGAACAUGUAGAGGAUCCAUACUUGCACAAUCUGGCAGGCAAAGCUGGGACUUUGGAAGAUUUCUGAGGACAUUAUAUUUUUUCAACGGGCCACCUUCUCCAGUUAAGUUCUUUGAAUUUCUGAUUGCAAAACUAUCCAGUUCAACACCUAGUGAACAAGUAAGGGCAAUGGAAACUUCUGGUAUUGUCCUUGUUGCUGGAGCCACUGGUGGUGUAGGAAGAAGAGUUGUUGAGAUAUUGCGCAAGAAAGGAUUGCCAGUGCGAGUAUUGGUUCGGAACGAAGAGAAGGCUCGAAGGAUGUUAGGUCCAGAUAUUGAUUUGGUUGUUGGAGACAUUACUAAGGAGAAUACUCUGGUGUCGGAGUACUUCAAAGGAGUGAGGAAAGUUAUUAAUGCUGUUUCAGUCAUUGUUGGCCCAAAAGAAGGAGACACUCCUGAUAGGGCAAAAUACAGCCAAGGGAUCAAGUUCUUUGAACCUGAGAUAAAAGGUGAUUCUCCUGAAAUGGUGGAGUACAUCGGGAUGAAAAAUUUGAUUAAUUCUGUGAAGGGGAUUGUUGGGCUUCAAAGUGGAAAACUGGUAUAUGGAUUUGAAGAUAGCUCAUCUAGAGAGCUUGCUUGGGGUGCUUUAGAUGAUGUUGUGAUGGGGGGAGUCAGUGAAAGUACAUUUCAGAUUGACACAACUGGUGGUGAAAAUGGUGGACCAACGGGGCUUUUCAGAGGUGUUGUUUCCACUGCAAACAAUGGUGGCUUUACUAGCAUCAGAACAAGGAAUUUCUCAGUACCUGAAGAUUUGUCUGCAUAUGAUGGUUUAGAGCUGCGCCUUAGAGGUGAUGGCUGUCGCUAUAAACUCAUCGUUCGCACUAGUGCUGAUUGGGAUACCGUGGGCUAUACAGCAAGCUUUGACACUCUAGAAGGUCAAUGGCAAUCUAUACGGUUGCUAUUUUCAUCUUUGAGGCCUGUAUUUCGUGCGCGAACUGUGUCAGAUGCUCCCCCUUUUGACCCAAGCAGAAUUGUGUCAUUGCAGCUUAUGUUCAGCAAGUUUGAGUAUGAUGGGAAACUGAAUCCAACAUUUGUGGAGGGUGCAUUUCAGCUUCUAAUAUCAAGCAUACGGGCUUAUAUAAAGGAUCCCAUAUGUCCCAGGUUUGUACAUGUGAGUGCUGCUGGAGUUACCCGUCCUGACAGGCCUGGACUUGAUCUAAGUACACAACCUCCAGCUGUCCGCUUGAAUAAGGAAUUAGGCUUUAUUCUCACAUUCAAGUUGAAGGGAGAAGAUUUGAUACGGGAAAGUGGAAUUCCAUAUACAAUUGUAAGGCCUUGUGCAUUAACUGAGGAGCCUGCAGGGGCUGACCUCAUUUUUGAUCAAGGAGACAAUAUAACGGGCAAAAUAUCAAGGGAAGAAAUUGCUGACAUUUGUGUUGCUGCUUUGGAAAAUCCUUAUGCAUGUGGCAAGACAUUUGAGGUAAAAAGUGUAAUUCCAUUUAGUGAGCCAUUUGCAGUGGACCCUGAAAACCCACCACCAAAAAAGGAUUAUGACAUAUACUUCAAAACUUUGAAGGAUGGCAUUACGGGAAAAACAGAACAAAAUCCUGUUCUUGUUUGAUGGAGUGCAUGGCCAGUACAUUAUAAAACAGUGCACAUUGAAUCUGAGAUCAAGGGAACCGCAGUGUAUUUCAGCAUGUAUUGGGCAAUGCUAUUGAGGCAACUGUCUGGAAGUAGAUGUCUAUGAGUACGUUAACUGGAAAUUACAAUUCACAUUAGAUGGGUCAUUGUUUGCUUUCACCUGCCAUUUGUUCAGUGUCUAUAGAAUUUCUCUGGUGAUCUUCAAACACAUUUCUCCCCCUUUCUCUUCUUCUUUGUCAUGCUUAGUUUGCUUAUUAAGAAGGAAUGGAUAUAAAAGAAAUAUUAGAAUCUUUCCUAAUUAGAUAUUAAAUUGGAACCUAGAUAACUUUAUUUUUUGGUUCUCUACAAAAAAAUUGGCAUAUUGUUUUUUUUUUCUUUAGAUAUAUAAACAUUUUUAGAGUUUGUAUCUGGCUGCUGUAUGUCAUUUUCAAUUAGUAAUGAUGUCCUUUGCAAUAACAGUUAAUGCAAAGUAUUUAUUUUUGUUUCCUCA